GCCCCUCGGGCAGUGCAAACCCUCCCAGGCCACUUAAGUCCCCGCCGCAGAGUCGCCGAGUCCGGCUUUUGUGUGCGGGCUGCUGGUCCCUGGCUUCCUAUUGGCUCCCUUUUGCCUGGUUCUUCUAGGUCUCUUUCCAGCCCUCACGCACCCGUUUCCUAGUUUCAUCUUCCUCGCUCUUUUCCUCUCUCCUUCCUUCGCAGCUCAGCAUGCAGAAAAAAGACGUCUCCCCAUACGGUUUCCUGCCAAACUUCCAGCAUUUCGCCACGCAGGCCAUCCAUGUGGGCCAGGAACCAGAGCAAUGGAGCUCUCGGGCUGUAGUGGCCCCCAUCUCCAUGUCCACCACGUUCAAGCAGGGGGCUCCCGGCAAGCACUCGGGUUUUGAAUAUAGCCGUUCUGGAAACCCCACCAGGAAUUGCUUGGAAAAAGCAGUGGCAGCAUUGGAUGGGGCUAAGUAUAGUUUGGCCUUUGCUUCAGGUUUAGCAGCCACUAUGACUAUUACCCAUCUCUUAAAAUCAGGAGACCAAAUUAUAUGUAUGGAUGAUGUAUAUGGAGGUACAAACAGGUACUUCAGGCGGGUUGCAUCUGAAUUUGGAUUAAAGAUUUCUUUUGUUGAUUGUUCCAAAACUAAAUUACUAGAGGAGGCCAUUACACCAGAAACCAAGCUUGUUUGGAUUGAAACCCCCACAAACCCUAGCUUGAAGAUGAUUGACAUUGAAGCCUGUGCACAUACUGUCCAUAAACAUGGAGACAUUAUUUUGGUCGUGGAUAACACUUUUAUGUCGGCAUAUUUCCAGCGACCUUUGGCUCUGGGAGCUGAUAUUUGUAUGUAUUCAGCAACAAAAUAUAUGAAUGGCCACAGCGAUGUUGUAAUGGGCUUAGUGUCUGUUAAUUCUGAGAGCCUCCAUGAUAAGCUCCGAUUCCUGCAGAAUUCAAUUGGGGCAGUCCCCUCUCCUUUUGACUGUUACCUCUGCAAUCGAGGUCUGAAGACACUACAAGUCCGAAUGCAGAAGCAUUUUGAAAAUGGAAUGGCAGUUGCUCAGUUUCUGGAAUCACAUCCUCUGGUGGAAAAGGUUAUUUAUCCUGGGCUGCCCUCUCAUCCUCAGCAUGAGUUGGCAAAGCGUCAGUGCACAGGUUGCCCGGGGAUGAUCACCUUUUAUAUUAAGGGCGCUCUUCAGCACGCUGAGGCUUUCCUCAAGAGCCUGAAGUUAUUUACUCUGGCUGAGAGCUUGGGAGGAUAUGAGAGUCUUGCUGAGCUUCCGGCAAUUAUGACCCAUGCAUCAGUGCCUGAGAGCCACAGAGAGGCCCUUGGAAUUAGUGACACACUGAUUCGACUCUCUGUGGGCUUAGAGGAUAAAGAAGACCUACUGGAAGAUUUAGAUCAAGCUUUGAAGAAAGCACACCGUCCAAAUGCAUAUUGAACCUAGCAUCCCA